AUGGUGGUCUCCAUCUUCAGAGCAGCCAUCGCUUUGUUCUUUCUAUCGUUUGUUUCCACCAACAGCCUGGGCACUAUAAAUAGCAGGGUCAACAAGGGACAGAUCAUCAGGCAAGUUGCGGCAACCAACGAGACUACGCCAGCUCAUGAUUCACAACAGGAUGGCAGAUCUAUUCUUCGAUAUCGCGGCGCCUCACCAGGUCAACCAGUCAAGCCUGGAACCGACCUCCGUAUUCUCUGCGCAGGCGAUUCUAUCACUGUCGGGUUCCUCAGCAACCAAAAUGGAGGAGACGGCAACGGAUAUCGGCAACAACUCAGGAAUAAUCUGUCCAAGGACGUUGUCCAGUUUACUGGUACGGAACACGCUAGACAGAUGAUCGACGGCUAUUUUGCGGCGUGGUCAGGAAGGACAAUACAAUUUAUUGCCGACCACAUCGGCCCAUCGCUGGCGCAGCAGCCAAACAUGAUCCUUUUGCACGCCGGGACGAACGACAUGAAUUCGAACAGCGCCAUCUCCACCGAGGGACACGACCCAAAGGCAGCAGCCAGCCGCCUCGGCGCCCUGGUUGAUCAAAUGAUUACCGGCUCCCCUCGCGCCGUCAUCCUGGUUGCCAUGAUCGUCAACACCUGCAAUCAGGACCAGUCGGCCAGGACCAAGGAGUACCAACAGCUGAUCCCAGGUCUCGUCAAGGAGCGCAGAGACGGCGGCCACCACGUGCUGGCUGUAGACUUUACAGACGUCUCGGUGCAGACCCUCCAGGACUGCGUCCAUCCGUCAAACGCGGGAUACAAGCUGUUCGGGGACUACUGGUACGACUUUAUGCUGCAGAUUCCCAAGGACUGGAUCCAACAGCCCGUGGGGGAUACGCCGAUCCGCAGCGACGCGCACAGGAACACUCGGGCUGGCCCUUUGUUCCUGGUUCUUCUCAUAAUUCCUCAUUUUCUGUAG